UUGCUGCCAUCCUGCCAACCUUAAGCGCAACUGUACGGAGUACCUUGUUUGUGUCUUUUUAAAUACUGUCUGUGUUUUAAUUUUAAUUGUAUUUGGGGAGGGACUAUGGCUGGAGCAAUAGUUAGGUGGCAGCAGGUAUUUCGGGGUAGUGUAGGUUGUACUGCAUCAGUUGUUAACAAUGUGCCAGUCAGGCACAACACCACCACAGCCACUCCACCAACAAAGAGCAAAUACGGACCCCUUUCUGAUGAAGAUCGCAUCUUCACAAACUUGUAUGGUCGACAUGACUGGAGGCUGAAGGGUGCAUUGAAACGUGGUGAUUGGUACAAGACAAAGGAGAUCUUAGUAAAUGGACCUGACUGGAUCUUGAAUGAGAUAAAAACCUCUGGCUUGAGGGGCAGAGGAGGAGCUGGUUUUCCUUCAGGGAUGAAAUGGGGUUUCAUGAACAAGCCAUCUGAUGGCAGACCAAAGUAUUUGGUUGUUAAUGCUGAUGAAGGAGAACCUGGAACUUGUAAAGACAGGGAAAUAAUGCGUCAUGAUCCACACAAAUUAGUGGAAGGUUGCCUUGUUGCAGGCAGAGCCAUGGGUGCAAGGGCAGCAUAUAUUUAUAUUCGUGGAGAAUUUUAUAAUGAGGCUUCAAAUAUGCAAGUGGCAAUAUCUGAGGCAUACCAGGCAGGCCUCCUUGGAAAGAAUGCCUGUGGUUCAGGCUAUGACUUUGAUGUAUUCAUGCAUCGUGGAGCUGGUGCUUACAUUUGUGGUGAAGAAACUGCACUUAUUGAAUCACUGGAAGGAAAGCAGGGGAAGCCAAGGCUGAAACCACCAUUUCCAGCCGAUGUUGGAGUGUUUGGCUGCCCUACAACUGUUGCAAAUGUUGAGACUGUGGCUGUUGCUCCAACCAUUUGUAGAAGAGGAGGGUCAUGGUUUGCUAGUUUUGGCAGACCCAGAAAUUCUGGAACAAAGCUCUUCAACAUCUCGGGUCAUGUAUGUAAUCCGUGCACAGUUGAGGAGGAGAUGUCCAUUCCUUUGAAGGAGCUUAUUGAAAUACAUGCAGGUGGUGUCACAGGUGGAUGGGAUAAUUUAUUAGCUAUUAUACCCGGAGGCUCUUCUACACCUCUCAUUCCAAAACAUGUUUGUGAAGAGGCCAUUAUGGAUUUUGAUGGGCUAGUUGCCUGUCAGACCAGUUUAGGCACAGCAGCUAUAAUUGUAAUGAAUAAACAGACAGACAUUGUUAAAGCAAUUGCAAGAUUGAUAGAGUUUUACAAACAUGAAUCUUGUGGGCAGUGUACUCCAUGCAGAGAAGGUAUUAACUGGAUGAAUAAAAUAAUACAUAGGUUCAUAACUGGUAAUGCUGAACCUGGUGAAAUUGACAUGCUUUGGGAACUGAGUAAGCAAAUUGAAGGUCAUACAAUCUGUGCCUUGGGUGAUGGUGCAGCUUGGCCAGUGCAGGGCUUGAUUAGACAUUUCCGACCAGAGUUAGAAUCUAGAAUGAAGAAGUUCAAGGAACAACAACCUGCUGCUGCAAGUAACUAACUAUUUAUUGUCAGCACAAAUUAACUAUUCUCCAGGAUGCUGACGUUUAUUGUGUGUAGUAUAGUGUUGAGACUAUGCUUGAAAUGAAUGAAGCACACAGUUAAUUUAUUCCUGUCUUGUAAAAAAUGCUCUUUCAUGUUUUAUUGUGUAAAAUAUAAAAUUGUCACAAAAUAGUGGUGAAUUUUUGUGUGAACUGCUUGGCAGCAAGUAGCAUGUAAGUUCUCAAGUUAUUUGUUUAUAGGACUGUUGUAACUGUAUCGUUAAAUAUAAGUUAGUAAGGCCCAAAUCUCUCAAGAACAAAGCUAUGUUCAUUGUCUUUUCCCAUAUGAGUGUUAUGCAGACUAAUGUGAACAAAUACAGGGGAUAUUUCUUUAGACUA